AUGCUGCGAGCAGCGCGUAUCUGUCCUCGUCUUGCUCGACACCACGCGCAAUGGCGUAGUGUAACCACCUCGUCGUCUAUCCAGACACCACACGGGCACCUGCCCUCCACUCAGUCGCCCAUCAUCUCGGAACUCAAGUUCUUCAACUCAGUCACAGGGGACGGCACGCAAAUUCCUACUUACAGGGUCCUUGAUGGGGGUGGGAAGCCAAUUGAGGGUGCUCAGGUGCCAGAGCUCGAUGAGGCAGUGGCAAGAAGAAUGUAUGAGCAAAUGGUCCAAUUGCCGACUAUUGACAAUCUCAUGUACCAAGUACAACGACAAGGCAAAAUCCCCUUCUACAUGACACAUUACGGAGAGGAAGCUACGCUCAUUGGCUCAGCAGCUGCUCUGGCACUGGAUGACGAAGUGCUUGCGCAGUAUCGUGAAUUAGGCAUUCUUUUAUGGCGCGACUGGCCCAUAGAUGCGCUCAUGAAUUCGUGUUUUGGAAAUUGUGAGGACAUUGCUUCCAAGGGGAAGCAGAUGCCUAUGCAUAUCGGCUCUGCCGCUCAUCACUUCCAUAUGAUCUCGUCGCCAUUAGCGACUCAAAUUCCCCAGGCAGCAGGGGUUGGCUUCGCCCUCAAGCGCGAUCCGGCACGACGAGGCAAGAACUGCGCCGUGGUGUACUUCGGCGAAGGUGCGGCAUCCGAGGGCGACUUCCAUGCCGGUAUGAUGUUUGCAUCUACGAUCCCCUCGCCAACACUUUUCAUCGCGCGCAACAACGGCUUUGCGAUCUCGACUCCGGCCUCGGAACAAUAUUAUGGUGACGGCAUCGCGGCGCGCGGGCCGGGGUACGGCGUGCAUACCAUCAGAGUGGACGGAAAUGACGUCCUGGCUAUGUACAAUGCGACCAAGGAGGCACGCAGGCUUUGUAUUGAAGAGGGCCGUGGCGUACUCCUUGAGGCCAUGUCCUACCGUGUCGGGCACCACUCGACCUCGGACGACUCCUUUGCCUAUCGCGGGCGACAAGAGGUUGAAGACCGAAAGCGGCUCGAUAAUCCGCUCUCACGCUUCCGCCUCUUCCUUGAGUCGCGUGGCUGGUGGAGUGCCUCAGACGAAGAGGAGCUCCGUUCACGAUUAAAGAAAGACGUGCUCGCAGCGUACAGGCGUGCGGAGACGUUGCCUCGGCCGCCUGUGAGCGAGAUGUUUGACACGGUGUAUGGCGGCGAGGAACCGUGGACAAUCACAGAGAACAGGGAGGAGCUGAAGAGGCUCCUCAAGAAGUACGGGCAGACAUGGGGACCGUGGCAGGCUGAAUUGCAGAAGCACAAAGGGGCGGGCCAGGAUCUCAUGGGAUCGUGAGCUAAGCGAGAUCCGCAUCAAGGCACGUCUGUUGGCUGCCUGCGCUGCGCGUUGAUUGUACUAGUGGGAGAUAGAUCUGUGGCGUACUUCUGUGACACUGCAGGACGGUAUCCGAUGUCAUGUAUGGUUUGGAGGUAUGGAAGGAAGAACCAUGCGUGAUCGCCGUGUCGCAUGUCUUGAUCCAUCGUC